AUAACAGUAUUAUAAUUAUGUGUAUGUAAUAUUGUACGCAUAUAUUGUUUACUAUUAUAUAUUAUAUUGUGGUCAGUAGGGCGUGUGACGAAAUACACUAUAGUAUUAUUCAAUAUGAUUUUUUUUUUAUUGAAUACUAGACCUUUUAUGGUAGUUGUAUGAUAAUGCUAUACCUACUGUUUAAUUUGGUUUCUAUGGUUUUUAAUCGAUGGACAUGUCAAUUGACUGAGUUUGAGAUAGUUAUUCUUAUAAUUGUCAAGAAAAUGGACGACUACAACAGACCGGGAACUUCGGGUGGAACUACCGGCCGGUCGGAAGAUGUGGACGGAAGAGGGACGCAGGCCAUUGUCGAUGGUCAAGUCGGCACGGACUUUGUGGAAGAGUUUUUUUCCGGAAAUUUCGGUGUCGUCGACUUGAACGCGGUCAUUUCCGACGAGAGCUUUGAGAUCGUACCGCUGGAUCGUUUCGUCGACGCCGUUUCGACGGUACCGGUCGAGUGGGAAAACCAUCCGGCAACCGGCAAGGCCGAACCGCAUGGCCCGCUACCGGCCGCCAACGUGCCUCGUGGCCCUUACUUUUACCCCGACCAACGGUUGUCGAUGACCGGGCCCGCGUGUCCGCCUUGGUUGCACGCUAAACAGUCACCGGCCGGGACAAUAUCGGCGUCCUAUCCGGCGGCUGAAUCGUCUCUGCUGAUCGUCACUUGCUCACCGGACGGCGGCUUGUGGCCGUGGACGACGUGUUGCACGGCUUUUCUAGCCAACUUCGUUACCGGCGGACUUUGUUUUUCCAUGUUCGCUAUGGACGAACAACAUGUUCGUUACGACCACGCUCUUUGUCACUUAAUAGUGUUCAACUUGACGGCCGCUGUAGCCAUACCUCUAGCCGGCGUGCUCGUCAACAUAUACGGGUACAGGUGUAUCAUGGCACUGGGCGGCGGCCUUUUGAUCUUGUGGCUGCUUAUGCUGACGACGGGGUGCACGGCAUUUUUUAAGACGGUUUUGGGCAUCGUCGGCGGUUUCGGGGCCGGUGCAAUAAACGGCACUUACUCGCUGCUGUUGUCGGUGUUGUUCACCGAACGGAGGGCUCUGGUGCACGGCAUAGUCUAUGUUGGCGGAGUAGCUGGGCUCAUGGUCUUACCGCCGGCAAUCAGGACCAUAUCGGAGAGCUCGAGUUGGCUGUGCGUGGCGGUCGUGUACUCAACAUUGACGUUGGCUGUAUUCGGAUUCGGUCUGCUCGUGGCCGUCCCGUACCCGUUCGAGUUAAAAGUGUUGGACAACGACGACGAACCGUUCGGCACAAGGCGGAUCAGUCGGCACAAGGCGCAGCGGGCUGCUUACAAUCACCGUUUGUUCAGUAAACACUAUCCCCGCGUCAAGUACCCGACGGACCCGCAUGGUGUUGCUGACGGAGGACACGCCCAGGACGAAAAGGAUGCCGGAUUUGCGCGACGAAGACGUGUCCAACCAAAUCAACGACCGGCCGAGAAUACAGAACGUCGCCAAUUACUGGACACAGCCUUCGCCGAGCGGCGUCAGACCGUUGUACAGGGACGACGUACACUUUGACGGCAACGUCAAACUGUUUUCGGAUCAAACGGUGAAGCAAUCCAUGUUCGACUAUCACACGUCCGUGAGCCGACUGUUUACGGUGGAAGAUUUGGGGAGAAAGUUCAACCGCACUUUCGACGUUUCGCAGGAUCCGGCGCGGCGGUCG